UUCAGUCUUCAGGAUACAUGUCACUCGUUUGGUGGUGCUUACAUAUCAUUUACAUACAAUUAAUGGGCAGCAAGCAAGGCCCAGAAAAACAACCAGAGGGGUGAGAUAGGGUCAGUUGCAGGUCUCCUUGGUCUGUUCUUUUACCGGCGGUGAGCGCACGUGAGCCCGUGUGCACUGUGAGCACGGACCGGGUAGUUUGUAUAUUCGCCACGAUGGUACAGUGUAGUAUGAUAGAAGAAGGCGCGAAUUUUCUCCUCCUGUGCGCUAUUUUCGCCAUGAGUAUCUACCUGCUGUGGCAGCACUUCAACCCCCCGGGCCUGCCGCCGGGCCCCUCGGGCGUCCCCGGGCUGGGCGUCCUGCCGUCCCUCGGCCCGACCCCGUACAAGGCCCUGAUGGAGCUCUCCAAGACGUACGGUGACGUCAUGAGCCUGCGCCUCGGCCCGACCCUGGUGGUGGUUCUGACCGGACGGAGAGCCAUGACGGAAGCACUGGUCAAAAAAGCCGACUUUUUCUCCGACCGGCCGCCCAUGCCGCUGCUCAACCUGGUCCACAAGGGGCGAGGGCUGAUGGUAGCGAAGUACGGGCCGAAAGUGCACGGGUUCCGCACGCUGCUGCUGGGAACGUUCCGGCGGCUCGGCGUGAGCACCCCGCGGCUGGACGGUCUCCUCAGGCCCGAGCUGGAGGCGCUGGUCGACGCGGUGCACCGUCAGGCCGGGCAGCCUACAGACCCUAAAGCACUUCUCAACGUCAGCGCCAGCAACAUGAUCUGUAUCCUGGCUUUUGGGAAGAGGUUCGACUAUGACGAUACACAGUUUCAAAACUUCUUGGGAAAGCUGAACAAUAUCUUCGAGAUCUCUUCCUCUCCUCUGGGUUUCCUGAUGUUGCACAUCCCGGCGAUAGUCAACCUGCCGAUUUCCGCGAUCAGGGACACCAUGUCUGACUGUAAAUUCAUGCUCGACUUUCUUCGUGAAAUUGUCGACGAACGUUGGCUCGCCCUCGAGGCACGCCGCCGAAGAGACCCGAACAUUGCCGACUGGGAGGACCCAUCCGACCUCCUUGACGGCUAUCUGCGCACGAUCGUCUGCGAAGACGUCGCCACGGAGAUGUCGUUGAGCAACGAAGACAUCGCGCACCAUUUCUUGGACUUGUUCACUGCCGGGACCGAGUCCGUCAGCCACUUCCUCCAAUGGGAGCUGCUGUAUCUCACGACGCAUCCCGAAGUACAGGCGAAGGCACACGAAGAGCUCGAUCGGGUCGUCGGGCGCGAUCGGCUUCCGUCGGUUUCUGAUCGGCCGAAUCUGCCCUACAUGCGAGCGAUUAUUGACGAAGUGCACAGAGUGUCUUCUUUCUCACCACUGGGGAUUCCACGUAUGACAGCCGACAUCGUCGACAUUGACGGAUACAUAAUACCCAAGGAUACGAUGGUGCUCUCAUCUGUGUGGGACCUUCACAAAGACCCGGACAAGUGGGAAAACCCCGACACUUUCGACCCGUCCAGAUUUCUCUUCAGCAACGGUCAAGUGAACGAGUCGAAACUCAGGCAGAUACAAGCCUUUGGUCUCGGGUUCCGGUCUUGCGUGGGUCGCCAAUUUGCGGAGUCGUCGAUCUUUCUCUACACGGCCUCCCUCCUGCAGCGCUUCUUCUUCAAGUCGCCAGAGGGCGUUGCUCCCCCCAGCCUGGUCGAAGACCCAGGCGUAUUCCUGACACCCAAACCAUUCAAAGUGUGCGUAAUCAGACGGGACUCCAAGUAGUUUGCUCCUAUGGUUGCAAACUGAAUGCGUGGAAAUAUUUUAUUUUAAUUUUAGCUUUGAUGAUGUUAAUACCUGUUGUGGCAGAACACAUACACACACACAUACA